UGGCAGUGUCGUUCCUAUCCACUGUUCAUGUCUUAAACUUACAGACACACCACACUCAAUGAAUGGAUAAAUCUGUGGUGAUGGCUUCGGCUGAGGCUGCUGGUGUGUCUCCUGAGCCAGCGUGUGGUGGUGAUGUGUCCAGAGGAUCAGGAGGGGUCCCAAUGGAGGAGGAGGAGGGUCCCACCACCGCUCUGCAGAAGAGGGGCACAGGCCAUGGACCUCAGUGGGGGGCCUUAGAGAGCGGUGUGCUGGGAGCGGUGUGUGAGCUGUUGGGGUGUCCCGGCUGUGGCCGUUUCCUCCUGAGGCCCAUCACGCUGCCCUGCGGACACUGCCUCUGCCCCGCCUGCCUGACCCGCCUCGCACACCCACGCAACACACACACGCGCAAAGCACACACACGCAACCUCACUUCAAAGGGAACCGCUGCCCCACCCGCCCCGACUGCCACCCCCUCCGACUCUGACCCCUCCUCCAUCAGUGCUGACGCUCCAGCUCAAGCUGACCAACCUCCCGCCUUCCGAUGCCCGCGAUGCCAGGCGGCGUGCCCACUGCUGCUGCCUGGAGAAGGACCCUCUCUUGAUGCCCGCUGGUCGUACCCCCCCAGUGUGCUCCUCUCCCGGAUGGCACAGGGCCUCCUGGAUGCCCACCCGGAGCUGCGGAGGCUGGCGCGGAGAGGAGUCUCGAGACGCCAUGGCAACACCUGGGCUCUCCGCUCAUCCCUCAGGAGGUCCAGCCGGUCGCUGGGGUGGUCGCCAGGGUCUGGGUCAGCUGACCCCUGGGCACUGCCCGUCUACGUGGAGCCCAAGCCGGCGCCGUGUGACCUCUGCACCAAGCAACGCCCGGCUGCUAGAUUUUGUGCCACCUGCCGUCUCCACUUCUGUGCCAAGUGUCUGAGCAGGCAGCACAGUAACCCCGCCUACCGUGCCCACUCAUUGGUGGAGCCCACCCUGGAGGCGGGGCGAGAGCAGUGUCCCGCCCACCCGGAGCGCAGCGUGACCCACAGCUGCGUGAUUGGCGGUCACGUGAGGCUGGGCUGCCACGGUUGCCUGGUGACCACGCCGACGCCUGUAGUGGCAAAACAGCAACAGCAGGUGGCGCCGCUGAGACAGGCCCGAGCACACACACAGGAGCGGCUCACACAGGCACUGCAGUACGCCAGCACGGUGGAACAGCAGUGUAGCGCACGGUGUGAUGCGAUGUCGGCUGCACUGUGCCACGUGUCUGGUCGCGGUGCUGAGUUGCGCUCCUGUGUCCAGCGCGGCUUCCAGGCCCUGCGCAGCACCCUCCUCGACCAGGAGGUGUCACUGCUGAGCCGCAUUGACGUGCUGAGCUCCAGCACCUCCACAGCUGCCCAGGGCUUCCUGCAGCACGCGGCCCCACUCAGGGCCUCCCUGGCUGGGCUGCAGGUACUGGGGCAGCAGGCUCUUCUGGAGCCUCGGGACUCAGCCUUCCUACAGGGGGGAGAGGGACUAGUGCACUGGCUGGUUUCGCUCUGCAGGGAGGCUACUACCCAUGAUCCUCUCCUCAAGAGCGAGACUACCACCCAUGAUCCUCUCCUGCUUGUGGGCUCACGACCCUUUGACCACGCUCACCUGGACUUUGACGCCUUGCAGCAAGACCUGCAAAGCAUUUUGGAUAAGCACCUGCGCUGGGACCUCUCCGAGGCCGUCGCCAUGCCUACAGCCAUCGUCACAGGGACAGUUGGCGAGGCAAUGCAAGAGGAGGAAGAGGAAGAAGCAGAGGAAGAGGAAGAGAAGGAGGAGGAGAAAAAAGAGGAGGAGCUAGUGGUCAAGACCCAGGAUCCAGAGGUGAAGGUUGCUCCACAGGUGGAGGUGGCCCCAGGGCUGGAGGCCGACACGGCAGACAAGGUGCCCUGGCAGGGUGCUCCGUUUCUGGGCUGCAGAGUGGAGGAGAAGCCCCUGGCCCUGCCCCAUGUGGAGCCCAAGCAGCCUCAGCAGACCCAGAAGGAGCGGGACAUGCCCGCAGGAGACGCCAGGAGAGAGGUGCCACUACCCAGACCCCCCAUCAUCUACCAACACAAGGCAUACCCCAACACUGUGGAGGUGUUCUGGAUGGUUCCUAUGGGUGAUAAGGUCCAGUAUUUCGAUGUGCACUUCCAGGACGCAAAUGGGGGUGGUGUCAAUGGAGGAGGCGUGGUUAUGGGCGGCCUCAAGGGCAGCAGUAUGUGUGCGUCAGGCCUGAGGAGGGAUGCGGAGUACAUCUUCAGAGCGCGCUCAGUCAACUCUGAUGGUCACGGAGCAUGGGGUCCUGCCUACCGCGUGUCAACCUAGAUGGAGAAGCAAUCAUGCCCCACCGAUGACCCGUAACCAUGGAGACGAAUGCUUUAUCUUGUUUUCUAAAAAGAUAUAUAUAUAAAACAUGUAUACAUAUAUACAAAUAACCAUUAACCGUUAAACAACACAUACUUUAUUUCAUUUAAAACACAUUGAAACACUUUUUAAACUUGUGAAUAAACCCCCUCUAUGCAUGAAGUGUGUCUGGUGGCGCUUCUUUAUCAGCAGAUACCUCUAGCCACCACAAGGUGGCAGUGUUUCACUGCAGACUCCUGCUCACCUCUGAUUGGUCAGGACACAGACUAGUGACACGCAGGGAUUGGUCAGAAAGUAGAGUAGGUUUUGGUGGAAUACAUCAGAUAGGAAAGAGUAAGG